AAUAUGAAUCUUGGUUUUUCCUCGAACAAAUUAAAACUAAAGAAUAUUAUUCAAGACUUUUUGAACUUAUUGAAGAAAAGGAAAAUAAAGAUAACUAUUCAAAACUUUGCAGAGUAAAUGAUUUCAAGACAAUGGUCAAUGAAAGAGAACUUAAAAG